ACUCUUUAUCAAUCUCUCUCUCACUCUAUAGCAUAUCUAACUCUCUAUCACAUCUCACUCUCUAUCACAUCUCACUGUCCAGAGCUGUGAACUCUUCCACCUCCUCCAAAUGUGAAAAUGACGGAGGGGGAAGUGGGAGUGUCACUAUCUCCACACCAGCUAACUGCUUUUUUUUUCCCACAGGCAAAUUGUGCUUGCAUUUGGUUACUAUUGCAAAUGAGAUUUACCAGCAAUGAGAGCAAAACCCAAAUAUGUUAUCUCUAAAUAUAUGGAAUAGCAUCUGUAGCAUGUUUUCUCCAACCUUACCAGGCUCUUUGUAAUUUCUGAGCUCACCAGUGCUCUCUUUCUUCUUAAUGAUGUUCCAAACAGUUGGUCUUCGUAAGCCUAAUGGUUGGUCUAUGUCUCCGGCUGUUUUUUUUUUUGUUUUUGUUUUUUUGUUUUUAAAAAUAUAUAUAUUUCUCAGCCUCUUAAUGGCUUCCUUUACUUUCGUUGUCAGAACUCUGGUCCUCAUGUUGACGAACACCAAAAACACUCCAAAGGCAAUCAAAAGGCUAGAGGUUAUCAGUAGAGUAUUUUGCGAAUGUAGUGGAUUUUACUGACUGGCAUAUUAAAAAAUCUAAGGACUGCACAGUCUGUCAAAUCUGGUUGUUCAGCCCCAUCAUAGGCAUAAUAAUCGAUGAGAGAACAGCUCUGAAAACAGAAGCAAAUGCUUUUGUCAUAAUUGAAAUAUUGUAACAAGAUAAAAAAAAAAUCAUAUUCACUAUAAUUGAGAGGAGAACCCGCUAUCUUUGAAUAUAUAACUCAAAUAAUAUUAUUAUUGGCCCACUUUCCAAAUUAAAGUGAUUUAUUUCUAUAUAACAUAUAUCCAUCAUGCCAGAUUAUGUGACUAUGUGGAGAAUUAUUAUGCAUGUAAAUUGAAUAACAGGAUAAGAGACAUUGUUUUGUGGAAUGAGGAUAGUCUGUGUGAUGUGGAAUGGAUUUUCAAAUAUGACUAUCAGCAUUAGUGCCCUCGAAAAGUGUAGGAACGACAGAGCGGAAUCUGCUAUUUUUCGCUUAAGAUACUUGGAUUUGAGAUCAAAAUAUGAUGACAAAAGUACACACAAUCAAGGUUUUUUUUCAUGGUAUUCGCACAUGUGUAUGUGUAUUCGCAUUGAGUCCCCCAUAAGGGUAUGUCAGCGUAAGUAAAUCUGUGUGCGUCCUCAGCUCUGGACAGGAGAGUUUUUCCCUUCAGUCACAAGCCUCUGCCCAGCCAGUCAUUUCAUUUCUUUCAAGAUUCUUCUUUGACAGGAGUAAAAAAAAACGAUCUGGCUCCUGUUUUUUUUUUUGGAAAUUACAACAAUCUGAUUAGCCCUCUCGCGCUUAUACGUGCUGUGGUGACUCGUGAUGUAGGUGAUCAUAGGUGUGGAGCAGCAGGUUCCGGCUGAGGACUUUUCAAAGACCUCUUUUGUGCUCAAUGCAUUCACGCAUUUUGUGAAUGCCGGUUACAUUAGUCUUUCAGGAUUUGAUGAGCAAAUUCGAAACUCCUGUUUUUUAAUGGUCUCCUGGUUCGGAGCCAAUUUCAGAGGCGGAAUGAUGACUUCCAGCUCCCUGAAAAAAAUCCUAUUUGUUUGCUUCAUCCUCGGGGCACUGACGAUAUUUUUAUUUUACUUGAACCUUGUGACGCAGUCAUCACCUCUUCAAGGUUGUCCAGCAACCCACCAAACAGCAUUUGGACAAGCACAGAGCACCAAACUGGAUCCUCCUUUCACCCUUCCUGCCACCAGUAGUCCCGCUCACCUGGAGCCCAGGAUCUACGACCCCAUGCCCAAUGUCAGCUAUCAGCGAAAGUCGUGUUCCUGUCCAAAGGGAACCUCAAACUUGAGCAGCAUCCUGAACCUGGAUGAGUUUGACGACAUUGUCAAACACAGAGCUCAGCAGUACAAAAGCCAUCUGAUCAGGAAAAAGUCAGUACUUAACCAAUUUCUGUUGGCUCCACCAAACUCGCCUCUACAAUAUCCAAUUCAAGGAUUCAUUGUCAGUCCUCUCCAAACAAGCAUCAUUCCAGGUUUAAGUGUGCAUUCUGUACAAAAACAAAAUUACCAGGUGACAUUGAGCGUGAGCGGUGGUGUCCUGGCAGUGGAAAGUCUUCAGGAAAAGGACCAAGUGAAGGGACAGGAUGAGAAGGUUCUCUCCAUUUCUGCCUCCAGCCUGCACUCUCUCAAUGACCUGCUGGGUCGGGUCUCCUACAGAAGCACUGUGUACAGCAUCAAGUCUGGAGACCUGGUACACUUCACCUUUGAGGAGUACAAAGCCGUCUUCCCCAUUGUGAUCCGACAGCCUACAGUGCCAGUUCUGUACGCCUUUGGAGCAGAUAUCAAGUCCCAAGUAACGAUCACAACAAAGACCUUCCUCAGAUAUGAUAAACUGAACAAUCUCAUCAGAAGUAUUAGAAAGUUUUACAAAGACAUUAAAAUCAUCGUUGCGGAUGACAGCUUUAAACGACGCAAAGUGAACGGCAGCAACAUUGAGCAGUACUUCAUGCCACCUGCACAGGGCUGGUUUGCUGGCAGGAACCUUGCUGUCUCACAGGUCACCACCAAGUACUUUCUGUGGGUGGAUGAUGACUUUGAGUUCACAGAGAGAACAAAGAUUGAGAAAUUUGUAGAAAUCAUGGAGUCAAAGCCUGAACUGGAUGUGGUGGGCGGUUCUGUAAGCUCAAGCACGUUUUCUUUCAUGCUGGUCAAUGAGGAGGGGGAUGAGGAAGGUGGCUGUUUGCGUAAAGUGAAAGGGGACUACCAGCCCAUUCCGGGAUUCCCCGAUUGCUUCUUCACCUCUGUGGUGACCAACUUCUUCCUGGCCCGGACGGACGCCGUGCGUAAGGUGGGCUUCGACCCACUGCUGAAGAGAGUGGGCCACUCAGACUUCUUCAUAGACGGGCUGGGGGAGCUGCUCGUGGGCAGCUGUCCCGGGAUCUCCACCGGCCACCAGGCUAAACGGGGGAAGAUGUCGGAUCCCCAGUAUUACAAAUACCGCUAUCCGCCCAAGACUGAGACCAACCUUAAAAUGUAUCUCCACUUUGUCAAGAAUCACCUGAAGUGCAUCAAGUACUGAAAAUCCGCGGGGAUUGUGCACCUUACAACAAUACCCUUGUUUUAUGUCGGUACGUACGCUAAUUUGAAUUACAAAUGAAAGUUUUUCAGUACUGUACAUAUAAAAGAUGCACUGAUAUAAUUUCUCCUUGACCGACUCCUUUUCCAAAUAUGGUUGGAACGACCGGGCUUGUACCAAAUGCUUUAAAAAAAAAAGAGAAAUAUGAAAUUUACGUAGCUUUGAUUGCACAUUCACCACCCUGUGUGAUCCCUGGCCAUCUGAAACCACUGCAAAUGCAUUCAAGUGAAGUAAUGUCAACUCCCCAUCCAAUGAGCUGGCCACUGCAGUCAGGAAGCAGAGCUGCUGUCAAUCUUCUGCUGCUGAAGACACAUUUGUACUGCUUAUGUAACAGCUUAGCCCACCAAUACUUGAACAUCUAUCACAGCAUUACUAGCCUCAGCAUUGCUACAUCUAAAACCAUAUCCUCAAACCAAUUGGCCUCUUGAAGCACUGCAUUCUCUGCGUCCUCUCCAACCAACUACAGCACUAAGUUUUAAGUUGUAGUUUUGUAUAUUUAUUAUUUCUAUAUAAGUUUUCUAUUGACAGCUACCAUUGAUUGUGACCCUAAUGGUUCUAAUCCGUUUUGCUUAUGCAAGGCGCUAUGAAUAACAGCAUCUGACAAAAUGCUAAAUGAAAUGCAAUGUAUUAUGAGGUGUAUGUAGUUUAUGAUUUAUGCCUAUGUUUCUGAAAGAUUAAUGAAAGAUGAAUGAAUAAACAUUUU